UUAAAUUCCCUUAAAUUUCGUCAGCAAACAAAAUGUACCUGCUGUCAUUUGCAUUAACUACAUCCAACUUCACCGUGCGGCUAAAUUUCAUUUCGACCUCCCAUUUUGUAACAAUGGCCUGAAGAUAGGAAUGAUCCGAUAUGAUCAAAGAUGGCGUGCACUUGAAGGCUGCGUGGAGAUUUGUUUUUUGAUUUUUAAUAAAACAGCAGUUUAGAAACUGCAAGCAUAAACUUAAUUUUAGUUUUUGUUUUAUGCGUUUAAAAACUGCUGACUUCGUAGUAAGUUGUAAACAGAUUUCAUCAUCUUUCAGCCAGUUUUAAAUUUUCAUAAUCCUUCAUGGCCGAGGAUGCGAAGAUAAUGAAGCCCGAAUACCAGCAAGGCGUGGAAGAAAUCAGGAAAACUCUUCCCCGGCGGGUGAAAUGGAUAUGCUGGUUCGUCAAGCAAGGCAGCUACUUUACCCGCAGAAGCGAUGGCACUGUUAACCGCGGCCUUGCUUCAUGGUUCCUACACUCAGUCCCCGCCAACGAGACGCCUGACCGCGGGGUAUAUUCCAGAGACGCCGUCAUAGAUCCGCUCACAGGCGUCUGGGUUCGCCUGUUUAUUCCGGUACUGGAAGACGACAAAUCGGAAAAGCUACCGGUAGUGGUGUAUUUUCACGGCGGGGGUUUCUGCAUGUUGUCCGCUGCGCAGGAGAACUAUGACUUGUUUUGCCGGCGGCUGGCAAAGCGGCGGCGUGUGGUUGUGGUUUCGGUGGAGUACAGGCUGGCACCGGAACACAAGUUCCCCGUUGCUUAUGAAGACUGCUAUGCCGCUCUCUUGUGGCUCAGAAACGACCAUGGUGAAAGCUCCUUUCUGCCACGGUGCGCUGACGUGUCACGGUGUUUUCUGAUGGGGGAGAGCGCCGGAGGGAAUAUCGUUCACCACGUCGGAUGCCGCGUGGCAGAGGGGAAGGAGGACUUGACGCCAUUGAAGAUCUUAGGGCAUGUUUUGAUACAGCCAUUCUUUGGAGGUGAGGAGAGGACGCCGUCGGAGUUGGCUUUGACGGAUGUUCCGUUGAUUUCUGUGGACGCCUGCGAUUGGUCUUGGAAGGCGUUUUUGCCGGAGGGGGCGAACAGAGAUCACCCGGCGGCGAAUGUGGUGGGGUACGGCGGCGCCGAAAUUUCGGCGGUUCAGCUGCCGAAGAGUUUGGUUGUGAUUGGAGGGCUUGAUACACUGCGAGAUUGGCAGCUGCGGUAUUUUGAUUAUCUGAAGAAGAUGAAAAAGGAAGUUGAACUUCUGUUCUAUGAAAACGGCGUUCAUGGUUUUCCGUUGAUGCCUUAUGACUUGUCUUCAAGUUUCCUUGAUGAUAUCUCUGAUUUCAUGCAGAGAUAAUCAGAAGAAUGGGGCGCUGCCUCUUUUUCUUAUUGUUUUGUUUGUUCGCGUGUAAAUGUACACACUUGCGGGCUUGUUGGUUGAUCUGUCUGUAAUUUGGAUAGAAUGGCUGGGUUUUUGAAGGAAAAGAUAAGGGUUUUAAUGUGGACAGGGUUUGGGUAUCUUUAAUGUUGUGGAAUUUGAGUUUGAUUUAGAAUGUCUUUUCCGCAUAUUUGCUUGCCGGCUCGUCCGUCUGUAAUAUGCAUCGAAAAGCUGCGUUCAUGGGAAAAAGAUACAUUUAAUUCCCAAGUUUUCUAAAGCUUAUUUAAGGUUUUUUAACUUUUUUUA